AUGAUCGUCCGACUCGGAACCCUCGCUCUUGCAGCAGCUCUAUUCUCGGUGCACUUCGUCGCCUGCGACACCUCCUUUAACCAACCCGUUCAGUCGUUAAUCGAGAGCGCCAAUGCCCUUCUAGCGAAAGGUGACAUGCAUGGCGCCCUAGAUCACUUCGAAGCCGCGAUAAAAAAGGACCCAACAAACUACCUUACAAUCUUCAAGCGCGGAGCAACAUACCUAUCCCUCGGGCGUAGUAACCAAGCAUCCGCCGAUUUCGAUGCUGUGCUCAGCUUGAAGCCGGACUUUGAAGCUGCGCUGCUGCAGCGGGCAAAGCUUAAGAGCAGGACGGGGGACUGGAACGCUGCGAGGAGGGAUUAUAAGAAGGCUGGCGGAGUGACGGGGAAGGAGAGGAUUGCGGAGCUGGAGGAGGCGGAGCGGGCUGUUAAGACGGCUAUGGAAGCGGAGAAGAAGGGAGAUUAUGAAGCAUGUGUCACGCAUGCUGGGACGGCGAUCAUGGUUGCUAGCGGCCUGCACUCGCUCCGGUCGCUGCGGGCGAGGUGCAGAUUGAAGCGGGGGGAGGUGCAUGAGGCGGUUGGUGAUCUAACCCACCUCGUGCAACUACUCCCCGGCAACAUAGAUCCCCACCUACAAAUCGCCAACCUCCUCUACUUCUCUGUGAACGACUACGACCGUGCCGUAGCCCAACUCCGCAAAUGUCUACAUUCAGAUCCAGACUCCAAACCCUGCAGCAAGCGUUUCCGCCGAAUAAAGGAUCUAGAAAAGUCCGUCGCAAAGGUCCGAACAUUAGUCGAGAAGCGCCAAUACACCAGCGCAACAAGACUCCUCGUUGGCCACUCCGGCGAAACCGGUCUCAUCGACGAAGUCAAAGAGGAAGUGGCAGACAUCAGAAAAGCGGGCUACUACACCUCUGCCUGUCCGGAGGACCUAUUACUAUGGCUUUUGGAAACCACCUGCGAAGUAUACACAGAGACUAAAAACAACAAAAAAGCCACUCCCCACUGUGCCGCCGCCCUAUCCCUUAAUCCCAACUCCCUCCCAGCCCUCCUCUCCAAGGCCACAACUCAACUCGCAGAGGACCUCUUCGAAGAAGCCAUCCGCACCCUCGAACACGCCAAGCAAACCCACCCCGACUCCCAACCCCUCCUUCAAAAGCUCCAAGAAGCGCACACCCUCCUCCGCCGCUCCAAGGCGAAAGACUAUUACAAGGUCCUCUCCGUCCCACGCGACGCCUCGGACCGCGAGAUCAAGCGUGCCUAUCGCGCACUCACGAAGAAGUACCACCCGGACAAGUACCGUGGUGAACUCUCCCAGGAGGAGAUACUCAAGAAUAUGGCGGCGAUAAAUGAGGCUUACGAGGUGCUUUCCAAUGAGGAAUUGAGGGCUAGGUUCGACGCUGGGGACGACCCGAACGAGCAGGAUGGUCCCGGACGGGCCUGGGGACAUGGUGGGCAAAAUUUUAUGUUUAGGGGUGGACCCGGCGGUGGUGGUGGGCAGCAGUUUAUGUUCAGGGGCGAUGGUGGCCAGGGUGAUCCGUUUGGAGGAUUCAAAUUCCAGUUUUAAGUUAGAUGCUUUUUUUUUUUUUUUUUUCCUUUUUCCCUUUCCCGUUGUUUCUCUCCUUUCAACUGGGAAUGGAUUGUUGAUUGGUUGGAAGGGGAGAGGGCAGUCCUAUCCCCACCCUCACCUCCCCCCCCACCUGAUACACUCCGGGCAGUACGAUACAUACAAUAAACCACCAUAUCAUAUCAUA